UUAAUAUAUUUAAUAAAUGUUCAUGGGAAAUUUGCUUCUGAUUUUCUUUAAUGGCACAAUAACGUUUCCUUGAUAAUUUGGUGGGAAUUAUAUCAUGGCUACUGAGAGGACCUACAAUGGCAGCUGCACUGUGUUGCUGUGCCCUGUGAUUUACUGUGACAUAUUUGCAUUGCAGAUGGUGGUUGGCUUUGGUGCGAUUGCUAGACUUGCUCUGACACUGCAGACUUAGUGAAUCUCAUUGACUACACUGGUUAUGCGAUACUCAUUAUGACAUCAUAGUUGCAGAAGAUGAUUGGCUCCUCCCUUCCGCAAGAUGCAUUGUGACCUCACAAAGCUGUAAAAGGUAUCCAGAAGCUCUGACACUCAGACCAUCAUUCUGUUACCUGCAGAGGAUAAAGCAACAACCUCUGUGUUUAACAGACUUUUUUUGAAAAACUACUAAAAUGAAAAUGACAAGUUUUAUCAUCUUUUUAAUUCUAAGUAAUUUGACAUCGUUGUUAUUGCUGAACUUCUUCCCAUUUUUUCAAACACGGAUGUUUCGAGGGAAAUACAAGAACAAGUCAGUUGGUAAUGAUUCCAAUCUGCUGUUUGGCAAAUAUUCUGGAGGAACACAAAGUCAGUUGGAAGAAACAUCUUUUAUUGAAGCUGCAGACCCAGUGAAUCAGCUCAGGAUAUAUGUUGAAAGACGGACCCGAGAUGCCUCCAAGUAUGAAGGACUGCCUAUAAAUCCACAGCCGUCAGUAGAGGAACCACAUAAAGAAAAGACUUAUGACGAAAAGGAGAUUGACUUAAUCACUAUGCGCAAGUGGCUGGAUAGCGGCAUUAUCACACUAUGGUACGAGCCUCAGAUAACAUUAGAGCUUGAAAAGGAAUACAAUCAAAUGGAGGCCGACCUGGGAAUGUUAAAGAAGUACAAAAGCCGAGAAGAGUACCUUGAGAAAUGUCCCAUGCGCUACAUGAAAUCUCCCAACCUGUUUGAAAUCUACGCUAGAGAAACGUUGAACCCAAUUAAAGAAUUUCAGCUCUACAUGGAAAAAGUCAAAAACAGCAGUACGUCUUUAAGAAACGGAGCAGAAUCAAUCGCUUAUUUAAUUAUGGCUGUCCUUUUACAAGUGCUAUUUUAUCAUUAGCCAUAUUUUGUUUUUUUAAAUCUGCUUCCACUCUCUGUCCCAUGGGAAUAUCCUGUAAUACUCUUAUUUAUCUCUAUUUUCUAUCAAAAUAAAAGUG